AUGACAUCAGCGUCGGCGGCGCUUCUGCACCGCGGAUGGAGACUUCCUUUGUCAACCUUUGCAGCAGUUAGCAGCCUAAAAAAUGCUCUUGACCGACUGGCAAGCGACGGAGCACGGGCGAGCUUUGGCACGGAAGCCGCGCCAUCAUCGAUCAACUGGGUCUUCCUCGGACCGCCCGGAGUCGGGAAAGGCACUUACGCUUCUCGCGUUGCUAAAGCCUUUGGUGUUCCCCACAUCGCAACGGGCGACUUAAUACGUGCGGAGAUCAAGAGCGGCAGCAGCUUGGGGGCGCAGAUGAAGGCCAUCGUCAACCAGGGCAAGCUGCUGCCUUGUGAUAUGGUGCAGCGGGUACUGCAAGAGCGGUUGGCUCGCGGCCGACAGGAGGGUGAGCGGGGCUUCAUCCUGGACGGCUACCCGAGAACUGCGGCGCAGGCGGAACAGCUGCUCCGGUCCACCGACAUCGGACUGGUUCUCAAUCUGAGUCUUCGAGAGGAGGUGCUGGUGGAGAAGUGCAUGGGCCGUCGGCUUUGUCGCCACUGCGGCAAGAAUUAUAACGUGGCGGACAUCCACCUGGCAGCCAGCGCGGACGGGCGACCUGAGAUUGUGAUGCCGCCUUUGAGCCCCCCUCCGGAGUGUGCGCCGCACCUGGAGACGAGGGCGGACGACCGGGAAGAGGUCAUUCGGCAUCGGUUGGAGGUGUACAAGCAGGAAUCAAAGCCCGUGGAGGCGGCGUUUCGGAAGGCGGGGCUGGUGGUGGACUUCGAGCUCGUAGCGGGCAUCCCGGAGACGUUGCCCAGGCUCAUGCCGUUGUUGGAGUCGUACGUGGGGAGGCACGCCAACGAGCGGAAAUAA